ACUUCCGGGUGAAACCGUUGCGGUCCGUUUUUCCUGCAGCACGAAAAGUCCGGACCGGUGGGAAACCCGAACCGUGAUUAUAACCAACUGCACGGAAUUAUAAACGGUUUUCACAAUUUUUGCUUAUCGACAAUAUCCGAAGGACGCCACGGUGAAACGUUUUUGCGGGGGUCAGGUAGAGUUUGCGAGGCACAUAUCGACCAGUGCCUCACCGCCCCCUCUCUCUCUAUACUCUAACCGGCUAUACUAGUCAAUAUCCUGAAGCUUAGAGCCUGAUUUGUUAUAUUUAGGACGGUUACAUUGGUUACUUUGUUUGCUAACAGCAUCUUCCACAUUGAGAAGACACAUCCUGGCUUCUAUUUGGAUCUCUAUACUUCGGAUCUAGGGAUUUGAGGCCCCUCUGUGGUGCCCGUGUGGGGGGGUUAACAGAGUAAUUAGAUUUAAACAAACCCCCCCGCCUUAACAUCUAUUUUUAAACCGCAGAACUUGUAUGAAGUUAGCACACACAUGUCCAAAAUAGAUUACCUAUACCCCAAUUUUCUACUUUGCAUGCAACCUCGGCAGAUCAUCUGGUGUAUCCAGCACCAUUCAUAUUCAACGUCGACCAGGAGAUUUAAACCGAGCUGACAAGCCGGAGGAAGAGCGCUACUCAGCGAUCACUGCACUCCAUCUUGUUGAGACUUCGAUAUCAGAUAUUAACACACCCGGACACCGACCCGAUCUGCCACAUCGGUGGUCCUCGCGCGCGUCUGAUCCUUUUUUGGAUUGGAUUUGGCGAUCGGAUUUCUCCCGCACCCUGAGCCCCUUCGCCCGCCAUGCCCGGCCCAGUGGCCGGUAGUAAGUCUCGGGUGUAUGCCGAUGUCAACACUUUGAAGAGCAGGGAAUACUGGGACUAUGAGGCCCACGUGCCAACCUGGAGUAACCAGGAGGAUUUCCAGCUGGUGCGGAAGCUCGGAAGAGGAAAAUACAGCGAGGUUUUUGAGGCCAUCAAUGUCAACAAUAAUGAGAAGGUUGUUGUCAAAAUCCUCAAGCCUGUCAAGAAGAAAAAGAUCAAGAGAGAGAUUAAGAUUUUGGAGAACCUACGAGGAGGAACCAACAUAAUUCAGCUGAUGGACACAGUAAAGGAUCCUGUGGAGCUGUAUCAAAAGUUAACAGAUUAUGAUAUACGUUUUUACAUGUAUGAACUACUAAAGGCUCUUGACUACUGCCAUAGUAUGGGUAUCAUGCACCGUGAUGUCAAACCUCACAACGUCAUGAUCGACCACCAGUUAAGAAAGCUGAGGUUGAUAGACUGGGGUCUUGCUGAGUUUUAUCACCCCGCACAAGAGUACAAUGUCAGAGUGGCGUCUCGGUACUUCAAGGGUCCAGAACUGCUUGUGGACUACCAGAUGUAUGAUUACAGUUUGGACAUGUGGAGUCUCGGCUGCAUGCUGGCUAGUAUGAUUUUUCAAAAAGAGCCGUUCUUUCAUGGCCAAGACAACUACGAUCAGUUGGUGCGGAUUGCAAAAGUUCUCGGGACAGAUGAGCUAUUUGGCUACCUGCGCAAAUACCACAUUGAACUGGAUCCACGAUUCAAAGACUUGCUUGGCCAGCAAACACGAAAACGCUGGGAACAGUUUGUGCAGACGGAGAACCAACAUUUGGUAAGUCCAGAGGCUCUGGACCUUCUUGACAAGCUGCUACGCUACGACCAUCAACAGAGACUGACAGCGACCGAAGCAAUGGAGCACCCUUAUUUCUAUCCAGUGGUGAAGGAGCAGUCUCACAAUAAUACAGAUGGCAAUAUAGUGUCAAGUGGAACCAAUACACCCCGAUGAGAGCAGGCAUCGAAAGGAAAAGGAAGAUGUUUGUUACCUCAAUUUUUUAUCCCUCGUGUCCGAAACCUCUACAAGUGUACAGUGAACGUCGGAUUUGAGCAGCACCUGUCACACCUUGUUUCUCAGACACACACACACCUUCUAUCACUCACACUCAGACUUCAGCUUUCUGUGUCUGUCAAGGUUAGGUCUGCUCCUCUAAAACAGGCCUGUUCCUCUAGAAGAUGUCAAAGUUGUUCUUCCCAGUUGUAGAUGAAAGAGAAUAUGACUCUACCCCUGGUACACUGGCCCCUACCACCUCAAUCUAGGCAUGGAGAAUGAAGACCAGAAUGAACCCCGCCCCCUCUAUUCUUAUUGGUCUGUGUGUCUGUCUGUUCGGUAUUCAGACCUGGCGCAGCCUCUACAUACUGUAGUAUUAAAGUGGCAUGGUGGACCUUUUUUUCUUUGCUCUAGGUAGAUUGAUUACUAUAUUAAUGAAAUAAAUGAUUUUUAUUUAGAUCUA